GCGUGCCAAACGGCGUGACCCCCAUUGUCAACAAGAUAAUGGAGAUGCUGGCGACCUGCGAGGACUUGCCGUCGAAGUCCUUCAAGGUCAUGGUGCGGGGUGGCGAGCUUGAUUCGUUGCUCGGACUGUCCAGCAAGGUGGAGGCAAGCCUUGGCAAAGAGGCACAAAGCCAACUUCGUGUGGCUAAGCUCUCGAAGCAGUAUGCGCUGCCUGCCGAAUCUAGAGAUGCCACUGCCCAGUUCGACAAGGUCCUUGCAAAGGAUGAUGAGGUUAGAACGUGCGUCGUGAGCCUUGUGGAGGUUACCGCAGCUUCCGCCUCUGACACUACUUGGGUGGACAAGGAGAAACUCGAGGGCAUGUCCACAUCGUUGAGGAACAGCCUGCAGAUCACAAUGGAAGGACUGACUGAGCGUCUUUCCUCCCGCAAGGUCACCCUGAAGGAUCUUUGCAACGUCCUGCAGCCCUUGGCGGAUGCUACAAAGGUUGCGGAUUCAGUUCAGGCGCUGCCCAUUUUGGAUCGCAUGGCUGAUGAGAACGACACCCUGAAGAGCAUGGUACAAUUCUGCACGGAUGAAGCCGUCGCAGAAUGCGUUAUUUCCUGGGAGAAGGAUCUGACGUCAGUGCCGGGCUUCGAGGCUCGCAUUUGCACGUUGAAGUCCGUGCUGGGAGACUUCCCAUCCCAGAAGCACAUGGCGAAGCUGAUGUGGUCGUGCAUGGCCGCUGAUGUGAUUUUCAAAUGUGAGGAUCAGAAGGCUAUCUUGUCCAAGGAGCCACAGAGUUUGACAGGAGAGGAGAAAAAGAUGUUGGGGGAAUGGCUGGCUGAUGGGCAGGAGUUCCUGAAGAAUGGAUUCCUUGCAGUGAAGCUCAACAAGCGCGACAUUCCAACCGAGAUUCUCGCCGCCGCCGAGAAGAUGGUCAAGGAUGUCAAGACCAAGCAGGACGCA